CUCUACCAGCUGAUCUGUCAUUCCAGAGUUCCACGAGCUACCGUGCAGUUACUUCUUGGUUUUAAGUUAAUUAUUUUUUGUAGAAUUCUAAUCAUGUCUGCGAUCAUCAGGAAGAUAAUCAACACCACUAAAGCGCCAGCAGCUAUCGGGCCGUACAGCCAGGCGGUGGUGGUGGACAGGACCAUGUACGUGUCAGGCCAGCUGGGGAUGGACCCUGCCUCUGGUCAGCUGGUGGAGGGGGGGGUGCAGGCUCAGACCAAACAGGCUCUGGUGAACAUGGGGGAGAUCCUGAAGGAAGCAGGGUGUGGAUAUGACAAUGUGGUAAAAACCACGGUUCUUCUGGCUGACAUGAAUGACUUCGUCAGUGUAAAUGAUGUCUAUAAAACAUUUUUCAGCAGUAACUUCCCAGCUAGGGCCGCCUACCAGGUCGCUGCUCUGCCCAGGGGUGGGCUUGUAGAGAUUGAAGCUGUGGCUGUGCUGGGCCCUCUGACUGACGGGUCUUGAUGUAACUUACACGUCAGCGACAGAACAGGAAGUAGGGGGAAAAUCAACAAAUCCCAUGACCCAUAAAAUGAUGUGCCAUCACAAUACCAGCGUACAGUGAAUAAUUUCCAUAGGUUCAUUUCCUGUUUACUUUAUUAUUGUUUUAAAAAUAGUCCAAAUAAUUAAUAGGAUUUAUGUAGCGCUUUUCCAAAUGAUUAAAGCACUGAGUGUGUGAGUUCAUUGUAAAAUAAAUAUAAUUGUGACAUUUGAAGAAGACUAA